CGGCCUAUGUACAGCGCUAUUACGAGGUGCCUACACACGUAACUAUGAACAGACACCGAGAUGGCGGCCUCGGAUAAAUACGACGACGAUCGACUCUGGUCUCCCGAAACCUGCAAACUGAGUGACAUUGUUCCUGAAAUUCCGACUCUUGUACGGGUUACUGAAGGAAUAUACAGUCUCAACGAUGCCGGAACCUUCAGUCAAGGCGAUCUGAUUAAAAUCGACACCUGCCAGUCUUUGAAGCGGGUGACGGCCUAUCUCACCAAACCAGGAAGUGAUUCGAGCUAUGAGCGACAUGGUGAAGAGAUUGGGCUCCCGUACCAAUAUAACGGAAAGGUAAAGGUUCAACCACUGCACGGAGUCCAUCACAGAUAUAAGUCAGUCGAGGAGCUCAUCAACUAUUUCCCUCGCCACGUCCGGGUACUAACCCAGGUGAGUUUCAAGGAACCCUCGGGGACCCCCCAGACCCUCAGUGUGGGAGAUUCUUUAGAACUCAAAGCUGUCCGACGGUCCAAGACUCAUGGCCUGAAUUCCGUCAGGUGUGCACGUAAUGGCGACGAUGUCAUCCUCCCGAAGAGCGUCAAAGGAGUGUUUCAGGUUCAGGCAGACGACACUGAGCAGACGAUUAAAAAUGUGGUAGAUACCUACAAACUGCCCCAGUGCGUCAAGUUCAUCGAUUCUGGCGUCCAGGAGAUCAUGUCAACGGACAUUAAAGAGGCCAUUGAUAACCUCCAGUCCUACAGUGGGGAAAUGUUGUUGACAGGGGUCAAGGACACCGCUCCAGUUUUGUUCGGCCAUUACAAAGGCAUGACGGGGGACCCCAAUUCGAAAUUCUGUCGGAGGAGCGCGGUGGUCAUCCCCCUGGACAACCCGGAGAUCAGCGAGAUCGAAGUCCAAACUCCGGAGUAUAUGGACAGUGAUGACUAUCAGUUGUUCGUACUCCAGAAUUUCUCAGAAAGCGCAGUUACGCCUGAUUUUGUAGAAGGAACGCUCUAUGUGGACUUUCUGCGGACAACACAAGUCCAGUUCUUGGAGCUCAGUGAACCGAAGUCUUCUUCCUCUCCGGAUGGUCCUCCUCCUCCUGUGCCCCCGAGACUUAAGUCGACCCAUGGGGUGGCCCCAGGGGCGCAUACUCCAGAAGCCCCUAAACCCUUGCGGUCAGCUCCAGUAACCCCCCACUCGAAGGAGCCGCCCCUCCCAUCUCUGCUCUCCAAGACAACUGCUGUUUCUAGGCCUUUCAAAGCCGUCCCACCGUCCUCCCCGACCAAGCCUGUUGCGCCACAAUCAGUUGCACCCCAACCAAGAAAACCAGCGGCGAUCCAGCCAAGCAGGCGACCAGACCCCAAGGGCAAACCGGGAGUACAUUUCCAGGACACAUCAGAGACAGAACUAUCAGCCUCCAUUGCUGAGGCGUUCAGUGGGAUGACCUGGGGAGACACGCCAGAUCAACCCAUGCCAAGCAAAGAGGUUCUACUGCCGCUGUUGCGCAAAUUCCCUUCAGUAUUCAACAAAAGGAAAUCGAGUGGAAAAAUCGAAGCACUUGAGUUGAGAAAAAGGCAUGGUGUUCCUCCUCAGAAAAAGGCAGUGAGUGGCAAAAUGAAGGUGGCAGAUGACAAGUCCAAAUUGCAGAAAACAUGGAACAAAAUGAAAAACCUAGGAAGAAAGAUGAAAACAGCUGUUGGAGAUGAUGUCGUUCACAAGGAUGAAGCCGCGGGCGAUGACGACGACUCCGACGGCCCAGACUACGACUACAUCGACGACGAUACCCGACGCGAAUACAUAAAAGAGAUUGAGAAACCAAACAGAGCGAAAGAACAAACGAAACUUAAAGGCGUUUUUUCUGCAAGCGCCAAGCCUGUUCAGCGAGUGCUCCCAAGUGCGCGCAAAGAUCCAGCACCGGAUGAGGAAGCCAAAGACUUUAAGAGCCUCAGCAUCAGUGAACUAGAGUGUCUCUUACAAACGUGUGGGAUGCAGGACCUAGCUAAGGUCUGCAGGCAAGAGAACUUGGAUGGUUGUCUUCUCUGUUCCUUUUCGGAUAAACUUCUAAAAGCAAAGCCUUUCAAACUGGACAACUACCGCUUACAAAAACUGAAUUCGAUUAAGAGCGGAUGGAGACCAAAGACGUAGACAUAACCAGUCAUUAUAUUAUAUGAACGUCACUGUCAAUGACCCGCGGAUUCAGGAUCAACUGUACACUUUCUUUUGCCAUGCAGUUUAGAUCGUUUUUACCAUAUUUUCUGACAUUAAGUACCAUGUGCUUAUUGUGCUGUCAUAUUUUUGUUAUUUUCAUUAUUUUGGUUCGUUAACGAAACAGAGCUAUUGUGUUUUUUUCUAAUUUGAUAUACUACGUUCGUAUCUCCUUUAAAGCUGUCGGAAUAUGUAUACAUAAUUAUAGAAGUUUUUACCCAAAAAAAUGUUCCAACUUGAUGUUAAGUUGUGAGGAUAUAUUUUGUGUCAUGCGAGAAUUAAGUGAUAGCUUAUGCAUAUUGUUUGCAACAAAAUUGUAUUUAUGUGUCUUUUUAGCGAAAGAUAGUAUAGUGAUAAUUGUGUUGUAUAUUUGAUUACAACAGGUAAUGCAAUGUCUGUUAAACAGGUAUAUUUUGUGAACAAAUUCCGAUACAGUAAGCUACAAAACCAAACAUGAUUACAAUUUUCAUAACAAAAUGUUUCGAAUCAUGAAAUAGUCAAACGGCAAUUCGACGACGACUUUUAUGUGUAUGAGGGUUGCCGAAGUGUGAUAACCGACUUAUAGUGAUAUGUUAACGCACAAUUAAAGCAAUAACGCAGCUUCUCGUUGUCAUGUGAAAUAAAAUAGAUGACUAAAAUAUAUCGACAAGACUGUUAGAUUUCCACAAUGCAAUACAAGAAAGAAAUGUCCAGAUCAUCCAUCUUCGUAACUCAAGGUUGUUUUAUCUCGUCUAUACAGUGGGUCUACUUAUGAUCCUAUCAUCAGUCUUCCUACCUCUAGGGCGUUUUUAUCUCGUAGAGAUAGAGGGUAUAUUAGUGGUCGUAUCAUCCAUCUUCGUAUGUCUAGGGCGUUUUAUGUCGUCAGUUUAGAGGGUCCGCUUUUGACCUGAUGAUCCAUCUUCGUAACUCAAGUGUGUUUUAUCUCGAAAAAAAAGAGGGUCCAUUAUUGACCUUAUCAACCAUCUUCAUAACUCAAAGGUGUUUUAUCUCGACAAUAUAGAGGGUGUACUUGGGACCCGAUGGUUCAUCUUCAUGUCUCAAGGGUGCUUUAUCUUGUGAAAGUAGGGGGUCUACUAGUGGCCGUAUCAUCUAUCUUCGUAACUCUAUGACGUUUUAUCUCGACUAUCCUAGGUUUACUUAAGAUUCCGUCAUCCAUCUUCAUAACUGUAGGGUGUUUUAUCUUGUCAGUAAAGAGGGUGUACUUAUGAUCUGAUGAUCUAUCUUUGUUACACUGAGAUGUUUUAUCUCGUUGUUACGGCCGGAACAGUUCCUGCGACCUGUGAUGGAGGAUGAGUGAGUUUUGUUUUAUUUCGCACUCAGCAAUAUUCCCGCCUUAUGGCGGUGAUGGAGGGUGUGUGUCUGGGAGUGAUAUGCUUGUUUAGAGUAGUGUAUGAGAACACUUCUUGUCAGAGUUGAAACUUGUCAGCAUGUAUUUCCUAGUUUCAGUCUCACAGGGUGUCUCAAUUCCUUUUGUUCUAAUUCAUCGAUAUUUACUAUUUUUCAUCUGAUAUUGAUAAAGUUAUGCAAUAUGCAGUAUAAUAUAAUCUAUUUCAGCAUGUGACAAUAUUUCGAAAAAUAUUUUACAAUACUAUAAUUUAAACAUAACUCUAACCGCUGAAAAAAUAAACUAUAUAUUUGUAUGGUGACAAAACGUUCACACAAUCAAAAAAUUGUUUUUUGAUGGUAAUGUACUUGAUAUGGGAAUCCAUUUAAAGACUCUACGUUUACAUUGUCCCAACGCCAGCAAUCUUUUGAUACUGUUUGUAAUUCAUUUUUCAUUACAGUUAUCAAGUUUCCUCUU